CUCUCCUUCAGUGUCAUCGCUCAGUGUCUGUUCUUCAUCACAUUUGGAGCCCUUGCAGACUAUGGGAAGAACAGGAAGUUAGGCCUUAUCCUCUGCACGGCGAUCGGGAGCUUGUCCUGCAUGCUCUUCCUCUUUGUCACCGACCCCCAUCUGUACCCUUUAGCUGCCUGGCUGACCAUCAUCUCGAACAUUUGCUUCGGGCUCAGUGUGGUGUACUACAAUGCCUUCCUUCCCAUUCUGGUCUCGUUCCAUCCAGAGGUGACGAGCAUGUCGAACAGCAUGGAGAAGAUCGACGAGAUCGAGAACUUCAUGUCGACCGUGGGGUUCAUGUUUGGAUACAUCGCAGGCUUCCUUGGAGCUGUCUUUGGAGUCGUGCUGCAGGCGGUGGUGGGCAACGAGGACAACAACAGGCUGGGUGAUCGAGUGACGAUCUUCUUCGCCGGGUUGUGGUGGGGAGGAUGGUCCCUCUGGACGUUCUACUACCUCGGGGCCCACCCGGGGAAGCGGAGGCCGAAGCUGAGUGAGUUUGUAACGGUAGGAUGGGCGUCCACCUUCAGCACCAUCCGACAUGCGGCCAGUUACCCCGAAACCAUGAAGUUUUUCAUCGCCUACUUCUUCUACUCGGACGCCUACACCACAGUCUCCAGCGUCGGCGUUCUAGUCAUGCAGCAGAAGCUCUGCAUGUCCUCUACCGCCCUUGGGGUCGUGAUUCUAGAGGUUCUGCUGCUGGCAAGCUUCGGCAACCUCCUCCUCCUCAAAAUUCAGUGGCGCUUCAAGCUCGAGAGCAAGGUCAUAAUCUGCAUCGCGCUGGCCGGCUACCUCUUCCUCUGCCUCGUCGGCAUCAUCGGCUUGAUCCCUUCCUCCCCCGUAGGCCUCAAGCAGCGAGCUGAA